AUGGUCCUCAGACAACUUGAUACCACCACUGAGAGCGAUAAGAAAGGGGCGGACGGCACGAUGUCGAUGAAGUCGGCGGUGCUGCACAGGCAUCUUUCCUACGACUUCCUUCCGCUGGCGGGAGGCAAGGGUAACCACCUGCUGCUCGAGGAUGGUCGCAAAAUCUUCGACGCAUCGGGGGGUGCCGCGGUUGGCUGCCUCGGCUGGGGCAACGAGAGAGUUGCCCAGGCAGUCACCAAACAGAUGAUGGCCAUUCCAUAUUGCUCAACCGUCUUCUACACCACCAAGGUCCAGGAGGACCUCUGCCGCUACUUGGUCGACUCUACCAACGGAAAGAUGGGCCGUGCCUACAUCGUGAACUCUGGCUCCGAGGCGAUGGAGGCAGCCGUCAAGCUCGCGAGGCAAUAUUUUCUCGAGCUCAGCCCAGCGCAGAACAAGAGGGCUCGGUUCAUUUCCCGGAGGCAGUCAUACCAUGGCAUUACACUGGGCGCAUUGGCGGUCGGGGGCCACGAAUACCGGCGAGCAAAGUUCGAGCCGCUCCUGAUGCAGAACGUUUCCAGAGUAUCGCCAUGCAACGCCUUCCGCGGCAAGCGCCCUGGCGAGACAGACGAAGAGUACGUUGCUCGACUGGCCAAGGAACUCGACGACGAAUUCCAAGCUGUCGGACCGGAGACGGUCUGCGCUUUCAUUGCCGAGCCCGUCGUCGGCGCAGCGCUCGGAUGUGUUCCCGCCGUCCCCGGGUAUUUUAAAGCAGUGCAAGCGGUCUGCCGGAAGUACGGCGCUCUCCUGGUCCUGGAUGAGGUAAUGUGUGGCAUGGGCCGGACCGGCACGCUGCACGCAUGGGAACAGGAAGGCGUAGUUCCCGACCUCCAGACAGUCGGCAAGGCUCUUGGGGGUGGUUACCAACCGAUUGCAGGUGUGCUGGCGAGUCAGCGAGUGAUAGCCGUGCUCGAGAAGGGCAGCUCUGUCUUCGUUCAUGGUCACACAUAUCAAGGCCACCCGGCAGGCUGUGCGGCGGCGCUCGAAGUACAGCGAAUCAUCCAGGAAAAGGAUCUCUUGGCCAAUGUCCGGGCCAUGGGCGCACUGCUGUCCAAGCGGUUGCAAGAGCGCCUGAAGAACCACCCCAACGUGGGCGACAUCCGAGGACGGGGGCUGUUCUGGGGAAUCGAGUUCGUCGCCGACAAGGGGAAGUCACUCCCGUUCCCUGCGGAAGCCCACGUCGCCCUGGACAUUUGCGAGCGCGGUUUGGCCCCGCAGUACAGCAUCGGGGUGUAUCCGGGCACCGGCUCAACCGACGGCAUUCGCGGCGAUCACAUCAUCAUCGCACCGGCCUAUAAUGUGCGCACAGAGGAGAUUGAGUGGAUAGUGGAGACCGUCGGACGUCUUAUUGACGACUUCUUCGCGGCGGGAGUUUCUGGUGAUGCUGAGGAUCCCUAA